AUGAUUUCUAAGCGCUGGGCCAUCCUCCUGUCCGUCCUGUGCAGCCGUGCUCGGGCUGCACCCCCGGCGGUGACUAUUGCGCCCUCUCCCACCGGCGCCUCUUGCUCGUUUCAUGUUGACCACUGGGACUGCACUUCACUGUGCACCGAAACCUCGUCCUGGUACGGAAUUUCAACUACCGUGACGAACUUCGAUGAAUUCCAAAAUUCCCUGGAUUCCGUCUAUAAAUCCCGGUCACUCACCGGAAACAGCAUACCCGUGCAUACCACGGCCUUUACCUUCCCUGGGUUGGGCUACAUCACGGCAUAUGGCUACUAUAACUCAGAGGCCCUAAAGUCUGCUGGUUACCAGAUCAUCUCCGGAGUGUCGACAAUCACGGAGCCCUGCAAACCAACAGCAUCUCUUCCGCCCUCCCCAACUGGGUCUGAUUGCACUCCUCACGGCGACCAUUGGCAUUGUCAGCCAUGGCCAUCUGCCACCAGUCCUCCGCAAACAUGCGAACCCCAUGGUGACCACUGGCAUUGCCCUCCCGGCGUGCCCCAACCUACGACGCCGCCAGGAGCCCCUCCAACAAGCAAACCACCAACGACUGCUUCCUGUGAACCUCAUGACGAUCAUUGGCACUGUCCCCCCGGCGUCCCAGUACCUACAACGCCACCUGGGGGGUCUUCUCCAACGAGCAAACCGCCAGCAGCCACUGCUUCCUGCCAACCCCAUGGAGACCACUGGCACUGCCCUCCAGGCGUGCCAUACCCUACAACCCCCCCAGGGGCCUCUCCAUCAAGCAAACCACCAGCAACCGCGUCUUGCGAACCCCACGAUGAUCACUGGCACUGUCCCCCUGGCGUCCCAGUACCUACAACACCACCUGGAGGGUCUUCCCCAACGAGCAAGCCGCCAGGAGUAACUGCUUCCUGUGAACCUCAUGAUGAUCACUGGCAUUGUCCCCCAGGUGUGCCACAGCCUACUACACCACCAGGAGGGUCUCCUCCUACAGGCAAACCACCAACAACUGCUUCCUGUGAACCUCAUGAUGAUCACUGGCAUUGCCCCCCAGGUGUGCCACAGCCUACUACACCACCAGGAGGGUCUCCUCCUACAGGCAAACCACCAACAACUGCUUCCUGUGAACCUCAUGAUGAUCACUGGCAUUGCCCCCCAGGCGUGCCACAACCUACUACACCACCAUCAUCUCAGCCAGCUGCCAAACCUCCUGGAGGUGAAUGUGAGCCACAUGAUGACCACUGGCAUUGUCCCCCAGGUGUGCCACAGCCUACUACACCACCUGGAGGGUCUCCUUCUACUAGCAAGCCACCAGGAGCUACUGCUUCGUGUGAACCUCAUGAUGACCAUUGGCACUGCCCACCAGGUGUUCCCCAGCCAACUGCGCCUCCAUUUUCCAAACCAACAGGCAAGCCUCCAGUAAGUGAAUGUGAACCACAUGGUGAUCACUGGCACUGUCCUCCUGGAGUGCCUCAGCCAACCACACCACCAUCAUCCCAGCCAACAGCCAAACCUCCUGGAGGUGAAUGUGAGCCACAUGAUGAUCACUGGCAUUGUCCCCCAGGUGUGCCGCAGCCUACUACACCACCCGGAGGGUCUCCUUCUACUAGCAAGCCACCAGGAGCAACUGCUUCAUGUGAACCCCAUGGUGACCACUGGCACUGCCCACCAGGUGUUUCAGAGCCAACUGCACCUCCUUUACCCCAAUCAACAGUCAAGCCUCCAGCAGGACAAUGUGAGCCUCAUGAUGAUCACUGGCACUGUCCUCCUGGCGUUCCACAGCCUACAACACCACCAAACCCGUCUCCAACGCAAUCGCCUGUCCAGUUCGAGGGGGCUGGCUCGCGAAAUAUCAAUCCAAUUGGGCUACAAACGGCAAUACUGGGUGGUCUGUUCCUGCUAUGGAAUUUAGCAAUCUAA